CCUUACCUUUUAAAAUUCCUAAUUUUUACGGUAUUAUAAAAUUGGAGUGCAUCAAACUUCGCGAUUUUAAGUAUGAUAUACUGUCCCGUAAAAGACACUUUGGGAUUCCUGUAGUCUAGACGCUCUAUCUGCAUAGUUUCACUUUGAGCGUGGGCGAGCAGGAAGAGCGGCAAAGCAAUUCUGUUUAAUCAGCCCAGCCCAGCCAUGUAGUUCGAUAGACGUCUCGAACUCGAAGCAAAUCACAUGAGAACACGCUUAUAAGAUUUUUUAAAGCCUCACAACAAUUACAAAUAGGUGGCGGUCCAAGAGAUGACUCGAAAUCGUGAAAUACUGGAACGGUGAAAUGCAGGAACCAUGGAAUCAUGAGAUGACAAAAAGGUUGACAUCAAAAACGUAUUUUACGAACAGGAGUGUUCCUUAAUGUUGUUAUUUAUUAAUACUAGCCAGGCAAGGAAUGACACAAAUGGAACAAUAGUGGAACAGUGAAAUGCUGGAACCAUGGAAUCAAUGAUAGGUUUUUCCAGAAUCAAAUUGUUCUAAAACGCUAUGUAUGAAAUGCACUAUGUAGGAUAAGUUUUCUUGGCUGUAGUUGGAAAAAAUAGUAUAUUGAUAUAUUGAAAAAUGGACAGCUCAUCAGAUAUCAGUGAUACAAGUUCAUCUGAUGAAUAUUUUGAUUGUGAUGACCCAGACAAUGUAUUGUUUAACACAGUAGUAUUUGGUAAAACAGAUGAAGUACAGAAGCUAAUAGAUUAUGGUGUUAAUAUCAACUCAACCGAUGAUGAAGGUAAAACAGCAUUGAUGCAUUCAGUAAUAAAGGGUAAAGAAGACAUUGUUAAACUUCUUAUCAACUGUGGCGCUGAUAUUGACAUUUCUGAUAAUCAAGGACGAACAGCAUUAGUUUAUUCUAUUUUGAACUAUAGAAAAUCAAUUCUGAUGUUAUUGAUUGAAUGUAAAGCUAAUGUCAAUGUUGUUGAUCACAAAGGAAUCCCACCCUUAAAACUUGCACUCAUGCAUCAUGGUAAAGAGUCCAUGGUAGUAGCAUUAAUAAAUGUAGGUGCAGAUACAAAUAUCAAAUAUGACCAUGAAAAUUCAGCCCUGAUGCAUGCUGUCAGAUUUGGAAAAAAAGAAAUAGUAGGUGCUAUGAUCAAAGCAGGUGCUGAUGUGAAUAUUGUCAAUCAGCAAGGGAUGACUGCAUUGAUGAUUGCUGCAAGAUAUGGAUGGGAUCAGAUAGCUAGCCAAUUAAUUGAUGCAGGAGCUCAUCUAAACAUUGCUGAUAAACAAGGAAACACAGCUUUGUUCCUUGCUUUAAGACGUAGAUAUGAAGAAAUAGCUUUGUCACUAAUUAAUGCUGGUGCUGAUGUAAACAUGAUGGAUCAUGAAGGGAAGACUGCUGUGAUUAUUGCAUCAGUGCAUUUGCUCAAAAAAGCAGCUUUGUCCCUAAUUAAUGCUGGAGCUGAUGUGAGCAUGGUGGAUCAUAAAGGGGAGACUGCUUUACAUUAUGCUUCAAUUUCAAGUGAAGAAUUGACUGUUUUAUUGAUUGAGAAAGAAAAAACUCUUUUAAACAUCAGAGAUAUUUAUGGAAGGACCCCUUUGUUUUAUGCAAUAUUAUGGAAUAACUUAACAUCCUGUUACCUAGCUGAGCAAGGAGGAGAUCUCCAUGUGAGAGACAACCAUAAUGUGACACCAUUAUCGUUCUUAAUCUGUCAAUGCAUAGGAAUACAUGCAAGGAAUGCAUGCAACUUAAAUAAGCAGCACAUUAACCAAAUUUUAGCACUAUUCAAAGAAAAAGGAGUAACAAAGAAAGAAUUUUUUCAAACCCUCAUCAAUGUUCUAUUUUGCAAACUGCUCUCAUUUAGACCAAUGAGGUAUUCCAAAAAUGCAGAAACCAGAAUUUAUGGUUUGAUUGAGGUAGCAGUUCAAAUCUAUGGUAAAUUUACAGAGGAAAAAUGGAAAUAUGCCUUGGAGUACAUUAAUAGCAUGUUCUCCAGAGAUGAAUACAAGUUUCCUGUUUUGAAAGAGGCAAUGACUAUACUUAUUGACUUAGGUGCAGACCCAGAUACUGCUGAUGAAGAUGGGAAUACUGCUAUUCAUUAUGCAACACAACAAAUAUUGUUUGGACAAUCUGCUGAAAAUGUUUUGAAGAUUUUCAAUGAGUUUCAAGCCUUAGGGUCAUCACUGGUGAGGAAGAACUUCAGAGGAGAAACACCACUUCUCUUCUUACUCUCAGAAUUGAGAUCCGACUGGAAUUGGCAAGGCUCAAUUUCAACCAUCAUCACUGGAGUGACUAAAAUCUGCAAACGUAUAAAGGCUGUAAACCCCAUCUGUACUGGUACAACUGCAAACGGAGAAUCUAUUUUCCACCUCCUCAUCAAUAUUUUCCAACAGUACAUGGCGUGGGGAAAAUUGGAGCAAGAUGCUGGUUUGAUAUUGCACCUAUUAGAGCUGUAUGCACCACCAAUUGUUAAGUAUGGUGUGACUGUUAACAAAGUUGAUGAUAAAAUGUCCUCACCUGUUCAUGUCUGGGCUUCACUUUCUAAUCUUCUGAUUGAUAAGAAUCUUAAUUUUGAGAAAUUAUUGGAAGCUAUACUAAACCACCUGAAGAGAUGUGGUGCUGUCCUUUAUAUUAGAAAUGCAGAGGAACAAACACCAUUACACCUAUGUCGAACAUGGAGUGCUGUCAAGCUCUUGAUUAACUUGGGAGCAAAGCCAGGUGUUGUUGACUCAGAUCAAAGAUCCCCUUUCCUUGUCGCUGCACAGAAGCAGUUGUUUCAUUUGAAAGCUGGUUGUUUUUAUCCUGAUGUCACAGAGGAUGCUGUCACAUUCUGGAAAACUGCUGCCGAUAUGAAGCUUGACUUAUGGGCGUACGAUGUCAAUGGAAAUUCUGUGUUCAGUAUUCUUAUUGCAUCAGAAGAAUUCGUGCUGGCAAAGUCUUUACUUGAAAUUGCUUGCAAUGAUGGCUACAUCAAGUCAGAUGAAACCUUGGUUGCAGUGUUGAGUGACAUUUGUGAAGAUGAAUCAACUAAAACCACCUGGAAGGAACUUUUGGUGAAAGAGAUCUUAAAGACUAUUAGUCGGCCAAUGGAUAUGAAAAUGCCCUUGCGACACUGCUGUAGGAAUAUCAAAAAUUCCUAUAAAGAGCAUUCAUUUGAUUCUGUCCAUUGGCAAAUUGCCAAGAAGUUGCUGUCAUUUGGCGCAGAAGGAUCAUGUUGCUUGGAUAUAGCAGAAGGUUAUCCCGAACUCCAUGCUCUUCUUGCACAGCCCCUAGACAUGGACGAAGUACCAUUGGCCAUUCCAUGGACUUCUCACUCUCAUAAUUAUGCCAGUAAACUUGCUCAAGUCACCAGGAGACAGCAUUGUCAAAUUGUGGAGAUGUACUGGUAUCACACUGAGCCCAUUGGAAAAGGUGUAUUUGGUCACGUCUUUGCUGGCAUUAAUUCAAAAGAUGGCAUGGAAGUUGCAGUCAAGAGAAUCGAGAAUUUGCGUCUAGAGAGGCGACAAGAAAGAGAAGCUUACACCUUUGCUUCGCUUACUGGAUGCAGAAAUGUUGUUCAUUACCUUGCCUUUUGCACAGAUGUGCACUUCUCCUUCAUCAUAUUGGAACUCAUGGAAGGAAAUCUCAAUGAAUACUUUGAAAGUCCUCAUUUCAACAGCAGCAACAACACCACUCUCUGCAGAGAUGUUUUCUGUGGAAUAAACUACUUGCAUGGGGAAAACAUUGUUCAUCGGGAUAUUAAGCCAACUAACAUCCUGUACAAAACCCAUCCUGAGUUAUGUGUGAAAAUAGCAGACUUUGAUUUAAGUCGUCGUUUAGAUAUUGAUUCAUCGUUUACUGUUAUGGCUCCAGGAGUUGGAUCCAGGGGUUGGAUAGCUCCAGAGGUUGUGAAGUCAACUCCCUAUAAACAUUCCAUGGAGUCGGAUAUAUUCUCGUGUGGCCUUAUAACACACUACAUCUUCUCACCAAAGAAACAUCCAUUUUACCCAACUGUUUGUACAGGAAAAAGUGAAUUGCAGAUCAACCAGGAAACAGAAAAGAACAUAUCUGAUGGAGAAAUGAAAAGUUUUGAUGGCUCUAUUGCGCCAGAGGCCUCUGAUUGUAUAAGGAAAAUGCUUGACAUCAAUGAGAAAGAAAGACCAACUGCAGAGGCUGUACUUAAGCAUCCAAUGUUUUGGUCGAACAAGAAGAAGAUGAAUCUUCUUACCGCUGUUGGUAAUCAGCCAGAAUUUGAAGAACCACGGGUAAAAAGAACUGUUCUACAUGUAAGCCCUGUAGAGUUGGUUCUAGAAUCAAAUGUCUCCACCAUAGUAAAGUAUGGGAAAUGGGAUGACCCUAGAUACACACACAUGCCUGGAAUCUACUCUGAAAUGACAAAGCCGAUUGUCAAACCAGCAAAGAAGGGAAAGUAUUAUACCAUUAAACCUAGAAACUAUGAUGUCACCUCUGUUGUUGACUUGGUACGGUUCAUUCGCAACUCCAUUGCCCAUGUUUCUGAUGUCAGUCGCCCAAGCCCAAUCAGAAAUGAAAUUCUUGGCAAUACUGUAUUCCUGGAGUACUUUCCAAAUAUUACCAUGGAAGUGUACAAUGCUGUGACCAAACAUGGAUGGAGUCUUUCGAGGGAAGAAAUCCAACAUGCCAUUGCUGACAAAUGAGGCUCGACUACCAAAGACGAAUUGGAACACAAUUACUGUAAAUAUAUAACUGACAUGAAAUUGUCAUCAAGUCACUAUAAUCUGAUAAUAUUCAUAAAGUCAAGAAAUCGUCAUCACUUCAAACAGAUCACAAUGGAGGUGACAACAUGCUUUGUCAUCAGCAACAUCACCUGGGUUUCUGACAUAGAUUCACUACCAAGCUAUGUGCUAUCACAACAUCCAGCAUUCUGAUUGGCUACUGAACUAUGUUAUAUUCAUGAUAUAACAUGGUAUCAACAAAUGAAGCAAAAAUUGGUCAUUUCAGUUCACUGGCGGAUCCAGCACUACUUCAGCAAUUUGCAUCAUAAAACAAAUCCAUGAAAAGGAGCCAUUUUGUUUUUAUGAUGCAAUAAUAUUCAUAAUGCAUGCAACUGAACUUAAGCAAGAACUAGGCCUUUUUGCAUGAAAUGGUCACAUAUGGCCAUUCUGGUAGGCAUUAUAUUAAAAAAAAAUUAACAAACAAACAUAACAAAGAAAAGUCAAGCUUGACCGGCUAAUUUCCUUUUGUUUUCGAGGUUGUUGACAUUCUUUUGCCAUCCAGAAUAGAAGAUUUAGUACUAUUUGACUGUUUCAUGUUAAAGGCCUAUUGUAAAUACAUUACAGAUACCUUAUUCGUACCAAUUUUCGCUUGCGAGCACUUAAUUUCGCGAAUUUUAAACACAAAUAUUUCGCGAGCAUUAAUUUUCGCGAUUUUGAAAAAAAGGAUAAAUUUAGUGCAUUUAAUUUCGCGAAAAUUGAAAAACAGGCGGAAAGAGAGACUUAAAAUUCCUUUUUCACUCAAUGAUUACUUAAACAAUAAUCGAAGAUUUGUAUAUAAAGUGAAAUGAUUAUAGAAGUGCAUUAAAUUUCGAGUGUAUAAUUUUCGCGGAUUCUAUUUUUCGCGAGGUUUUAAUUACGCGAUUUGUUUUAAAUCGCGAAAAUCACGAAAUUAAAGCCUCGCUAAAAUUAGUACGAUUAAGGUAAAUAUUUUGAAUUUUAUAGCUAACUACGCCUCAACCAUCAUAACUGCAAUUAUACUAACAUCCAUCAAGUUUUGAUAACACGUUAAUCCUGCUACAGUGAAAUGGUAUUGCUUAUGAAAAUAUUACCCUGUCCAAGACACAACAAAAAUUACUGUUUUUUAGUCUUUUAUUUAAAUUGUACAGCCUGUUUAAGACAAUUUCCAGGUGAAAUGUAUACCCUGUUUAAGACAGCAAGCCCAAAAACCACACCCUGGCCAUAUAUAUAUGCGAGUACCCCCCCCCCCCUUUCCCCUCUCCCCCCCUCCAGGAUUUA